AUGAAUAGAUUUGCGAAGUGUCUAGCAAACUAUGUCCCCCUUACUCCUCUCACCUUCAUUAAGAGAGCCUCCGUCGUUUAUUCCAACCGCACUUCGGUCAUAUAUGGCAAGGUCCGUUUCGAAUGGAGCCAAACUUAUGAACGCUGCCGCCGUCUUGCUGAUUCUCUUCGCUCCCUUAAUGUUGUCAAAAAUGAUGUUGUAUCAGUACUGGCACCAAACAUACCGGCUUUAUAUGAGAUGCAUUUUGCAGUUCCAAUGGCAGGCGCGGUGCUAAACGCAAUAAAUACAAGACUAGAUGCUAAGAGUAUCGCCACCAUUCUUCGCCAUUCUGAAGCGAAGGUCUUGUUUGUUGACUAUGAGUACAUUCCUAUAGCAUCAGAGGGGCUUCGGUUGUUGGUCUCUGGUUCAGAAAAGCCCGACAUUCCUCUAGUUAUAGCGAUUGAUGAUAUUGAGAAGCCCACUGGAGUCCGUUUUGAUAAUAAGAUAGAGUAUGAGCAAUUGAUAGAUGAUGGUAACCCGGACUACCAAGGUGAAGAUCUUGAAGACGAGUGGGACGCGAUUGCUUUGAAUUAUACAUCUGGAACCACCUCUGAGCCUAAAGGGGUGGUUUAUAGCCACCGUGGUGCGUUUUUGAGCACUAUAAGCUUGAUUCAAGGUUGGGAAAUGAGUACCGAGCCGGUCUAUUUGUGGUCACUUCCAAUGUUCCAUUGCAACGGUUGGACGUUUACUUGGGGUGUAGCGGCUAGAGGGGGUACAAAUAUUUGUAUACGCAAUACGAGUGCAGAUAUGAUGUAUACUUGUAUUAAAAACCAUAAUGUGACGCAUAUGUGUUGUGCCCCGGUUGUAUUGAAUCUUCUUUUAAACGCAAAACCAAAUGAGCGUCGUGAACUCACCUCUAAGGUUAACAUACUUACUGGAGGGGCGCCUCCGCCUGCAGCUCUAUUGGAGAAAAUGGAAGGUCUUGGAUUUCACAUAGUUCAUGCCUAUGGCCUCACUGAAGCCACAGGACCUGCACUUGUAUGUGAGUGGCAAUCCAAAUGGAAUAUGCUAGCUAAAAAUGAGCAAGCUAGACUAAAAGCUCGUCAGGGCGUAAGUAUACUUACACUUGCAGACGUAGAUGUCAAGAACAAGCAAACCAUGGAGAGCGUUCCACACGAUGGUAAGACAAUUGGGGAAAUCGUGCUACGUGGAAGUAGCAUUAUGAAAGGGUACUUAAAAGAUGAAAUGGAGACUGCGAACGCGUUUCAGAAUGGUUGGUUUUUUACUGGUGAUGUUGGAGUCAUCCAUAGUGAUAGUUAUAUUGAAAUAAAAGAUAGAUCAAAAGAUGUGAUCAUAUCAGGAGGAGAAAACAUUAGUAGUGUGGAGCUAGAGUCUGUUCUUUUCAAACACGACGCAAUAUUGGAAGCGGCCGUGGUGGCAAUGCCUCACCCGAGAUGGGGAGAGAGCCCUUGCGCGUUCGUCGUGUUGAAAAAAGCGUGUGACGUAACUGAACCCGAUAUUUUGGAACAUUGUUUAAACAAUAUGCCAAAAUAUAUGGUACCAAAGAAAGUAGUAUUUGUUAAAGAGUUGCCAAAAACAGGAACAGGUAAAGUCCUAAAACAAGAGCUUAGAAAACUGGCAAAAGCUUUUUAG